UUAUUAUACUCUUUGUUCUAGUCUAUAGUGAUCUGUGAUUGACAUUCGUGAAUUACUCAUUUGUGUUUGUGUUGAAAAUGAAAUUACUAUCAUUGGGAAAAUAAAUAAAACAACAAAAUUAGUCAUCGUUACUUUGUACUAAUUAAUCGUUCUAAUCAAGCUUAAAUAAAAUAUAAUAGAAGUAAGAAGUUUACUAAUUAAAGACCUACAUUAGGCAUUAAAAUGAAUUUCUUCAGGAAAGAGCCUACUGUUAAAGAACAACAGAGACAAAAUGAUCGAGAGCUACGCAAGGCAGGAAGAGAUUUAGAGAGGGAUAAGUUAGCAUUAGAGAGAGAAGAAAAGAAAUUGGAGGCGGAGAUCAAAAAAAUGGCAAAGGAAGGAAACAAUGAAGGAUGUAAAAUGCUGGCAAAGCAACUUGUACUAAUGAGGAAACAAAAAACAAGGUUAUACACAGCUAAUAGUAAGGUAUCAAGUAUACAGAUACAUAACAAAGCGAUGGGCGCCAACAUAGCCAUAGCAGGCGCCAUGGGCACCACAGCCAAGACAAUGGGAAGCAUGAACAAGAUAAUGAACCCGCACCAGAUAGCCAAGGACAUGGAAGCGUUCAAACAGGCCAACUUGAAAAUGGAUAUGACCGAUGACAUGAUUUCAGAUACAUUAGAUGACAUCAUGACGGAGUCGGGCGACGAAGAGGAGACUGAGGGCAUUGUCAACCAGGUGUUGGAUGAAAUUGGCAUCGAAGUUAGCGGGAAGAUGGCAAACGCACCUUCAGUAUCACGUAACAAAGUUGGCGAAUCCACUUCCGACAUCGAUAAGGACCUAAUGGCGCAGUUGACUAAACUUAAGUCGUAGGGUUCAAAUCAAAUAUAGUUUAACAUAAGUACCUAUUACCAUUGAGUUACAUGUACUACGUACUAGAGAAGACACUACUGUGUUCCAUUCGACUGCGGCUAUAUCGCCACACUUCAUAUGACUGUGACAUACCUCAUUUCAGGAAGACUGUCAACUAUAUUCACGGCAACCAUUUGAAAAACACCGUUAAAAUUUUUUUCAAGAGUACUUUAAAGGUCUCUAGCGAAAACUUGCCACGGAGCUAUCAUCAGAACUAAUGAUUUCUCACGAUAUACUGUAGAAAAUGUAUAAAAAAUCCGUUUCAUAUUUUAUAACACAAAUGUGUUAUAAAAUAUGAAACGGAUAGUAGACGGCUAGUAAAGUAUUGCUUAUUUCACCAAUUUAAAUAUCGUAAUGUAAAGUAAAAUGCACAUGUGCCGUAAUGUAUUAUAAAAUCUUAUCAUCCGUCUAAAACGAACGGUACUUUUCUAAAUCUUCGCAAAGAGUUUUUAUGUAAGCUUCUAACACCACUUCGGUCCAAACACAAUAAUUAGCUACCAUACUUAUGAGGAGGCAUAGGCUGACAAAGUCAGCUCUCCUAAAAUGAAGUAUUUCUGGCUAUGCAAGUUCUAAGUCUAACAGUUUCUUGAUAACUUAUGUUAAGCAAGCAAACAAUAUUCUGUGAACGAUUUAGUGCUGAAUAUUUUUCAGUAUUAAACUUAACUAGGAAUUAACUAUGGACAUUCAUCACACACAAAUUCACCAACAAAAUUAUCUGUAGUUAAUUAAUUAGUUAAGAAAAUAUUCAACACCAAUAAAUAUAUUUUGUGUACAAAUGUUUUAGUGCGAUAUAUAUAUGUGUGUUGCGACAUGAUUUUUGUUCGGAACAGCUUCUCUAGUAAGUAGUACAUAUCACUCGAUGCUUAUUACAUAUUUAUUACGUGUAUAGCAAACUAAAGUAUUUUCAUUUGGCAGAAGCUUGCGAUUUUGAUAUCAUAAGACCUUUUGGAUUAAAGAACUUCAAUAAUUCAUAGCCUAACGAGGAAGUCGAACCGACGAUCCAAGUUUUAAGAAUUAAAAUAUCGCGUGUCUCUAACGGUGAAAGAAAAACAUCGUUAGGAAACCUACAUACCUGAGAAUUUUCUUAAUUCUCUACGUGUGUGAUGUCUGCCAAUCCAUAUUGGGCCAGAGGGGUAUUGGCCUAACCCCUCAUUCUGAGAGGAGACUCGUGCUCAACAGUGAGCCGAAUAUGUGUUGUUAAGAUGAUAUAAAAUUCUCGUGUCUCAGCGGAUGGUUCGAUUUUUCUGAAAUUUUGUGUGAGUAUCGGGUAGGUCUGAGAUUCGUCCGACAUAUUGUUCACACCCCUAUAGUUCGUAUAACGUUGGGAAUGCCUAGUGGGAGUUUUCAUUGUGUUCAUAUUGUGACGAUCGCGUAAAAGUAAACGCGAAUUUAUAUGGAAUUGAAACAUCUGUGCAGAAGUGCCACUAAAUGACGCUGUUUCAAUUUCUUAGAAAUUCGCGUUUACGUUUACGCGAUCGUCACAGUAUCAAAGUGCCACUAGGCACACUAUAAAGUAUAACGUUCUGCAAGCCAAGUGGCACGUCGAUUCUCUUUCUACGAUCGCUAACGCUUCGAAAACUAGAAAGAUGUAUGGGAAUGACAUUUGCUAUCAACAGGUCACGUGAUCAAGAUCUGUCAUUCCCGUACAUUUUUCUAGUUUUCGAAGCGAUAGCGAUCGUAGAAAGAGAAUCGACGUGUCAUUCGACUAGGGGGGCUGAUAAGCUAAUAUCAUAUGAUAUUAGUUUAGAUACUUACUGGCUUUACGUAAUUCCACGGGAACUCUAGAAAGAUGCGUCGCACAUUUAUAAUAUGCUGUUGUUAUUUUUAUUUCGUGUUAAUGUAUAUGGCAAGCUUACUUUAACAUUUCGUGCUAAUUGUAAAUAGAGUACAUUAUAAUGUAUCUAGAGUAUUUUAAGAUGCUAUUUCUUUCAACACAAUUAUAUUAUGCGCAAUACUUCGAGUCCGCUCUGACGUUUAGAUACAAAACUGUGCAGCAUUUUUCAAUAAUAAUUUCACCUGAUGGUACAUAUUAGGAGUAGGAUGAAAAUCCACACCUCAUUCAAUUUCUACGCGACAUUGUACCUAAACGCUAAUUCGUCUGCCGGUACUUCUUUGCUCGUAGGGUGGUAACUAGCCACGGCAGAAGCUUCUCACCAGCCAGACCUGAAUCAAUUAAGAAAACCUUAAUCGGCCCAGCCAGGGAUCGAACCCAGGACCUCCGUCCACCGCGCAUACCACUGAGGCUGUCAAUUUGCUAUCGUAGGUACCGGCAUAUGUUUUCAUUUACUGCGCAGCCCCGUAAUCAGAGCGGACUCUAAGUUUUUCGCAGACUAUACAAUUAUUUUUGUUUAUAAAAAAACAAGUGUAGCUUUUGCAACUUUCUACCAUACCAUAAUAAAAAUCAUUUCGAAUUAGUCAUAUUUUUACUGGUUUUCUUGUUGAGUUUUUUCGUAAGUAAUUGUAGCGAAUGGACGACAAAAAUAUGUGUCGUACAUGAUGUAUGAUUUUGAGUUUACUCCUUAAGAAUCGAUUUUUCUAAUAUAGCCGCCGGUAUGAAAAAAAUAUGGGCAGUAAAAUAUAAUGCACGAAUGACAGAGUUACGUUUUUGUGCGCAAGCUAUUCUGCGCACCUUUCACCGUGCGCUGCUGCCAAAGCGUAAACAUAGUGUAUGCUGCGGGGAACCUCGAUUAGCUUAGAUAGUCGAUCUAAAAGAGUUAACUCCAUUCGUGCGUCGGAGCCGACAAACACUUUUUUUUGUUUACUUGGUAUAUUUACCAUAUUUAUUAAAUAUUAUUUCAUUUAUCGUUGAAACAAAAUUAUACAUAAAAGUAAUGUUAUAAAACUGUGAUAUCUUAACUUGAAUAAAUGGUAUCUUGGAGUUAUAAA